UGGUUUUUCUAUCCCUUAGCUGCGGGAGGUGCACAGCAGGCCUGCCUCUCUCCCUGGGCAGGGAGUGCCCAACCUUUCCCCAGAGGACGAGUGCUGAGAACUGCUGGGGCCAGCCUUCUCCUGGAGCCUCCGGCUUUGGCCUCCACGGGAUCACAGACACCAGGCAUUCUGCCAGGAACUUCUAGCAAGGUAAAGGUAACUUGGUGGUGAUCGACUCAGACUCCUUGCAGGGAGCGGAUUUGCAACCCACCGCCAUGACCCCCACAGAGUUUGCAAGCCUUAUGGCUAACAUGUCUGAUGACUACAACUACGACUCCACGUCCUCCAUGGAUGAGUACAUAUCCUUCAACAUUACUGACUUCUUCUGUAAGAAAGGCGAGGUCAGGCAGUUUGCCAGCCACUUCCUCCCGCCCUUGUACUGGCUCGUCUUUCUUGUGGGCACCGUGGGUAACAGCCUGGUCGUUCUCGUAUACUGGUACUGCACCCGAGUCAAGACCAUGACUGACAUGUUCCUUCUGAACUUGGCCAUCGCCGACCUUCUCUUCCUGGCCACCCUCCCCUUCUGGGCCAUUGCCGCCGCCGACCAGUGGACAUUCCAGACCUUCCUGUGCAAGGUGGUCAACAGCAUGUACAAGAUGAACUUCUACAGCUGCGUGCUGUUGAUCAUGUGCAUCAGCGUGGACAGGUACAUCGCCAUUGCCCAGGCCAUGAGGGCACAGAUCUGGCGGCAGAAAAGGCUGCUCUACAGCAAGAUGGUUUGCUUCAUGGUCUGGGUGGUGGCUGCUGCCCUGUGUCUCCCGGAGCUCCUUUACAGCCAAACCAAGAAGGAGUCUGGUGUUACCAUCUGCACCAUGGUUUAUCCCAGGGACGAGAGCACCAGACUCAAGUCGGCCGUCUUGACCUUGAAGGUCAUCCUGGGCUUCUUCCUGCCCUUUGUGGUCAUGGCUUGCUGUUACACCAUUAUCAUCCACAUCCUGACCCAAGCCAAGAGGUCCUCCAAGCACAAGGCCCUCAAGGUGACCAUCGCUGUCCUCACCGUCUUCGUCUUGUCUCAGUUCCCUUAUAACUGCAUCCUGCUGGUGCAGACCAUUGACGCCUACGUCACGUUCAUUUCCAGCUGUGCCGUCUCCACCAAUAUCGACAUCUGCUUCCAGGUCACCCAGACCAUCGCCUUCUUCCACAGCUGUCUGAAUCCUGUUCUCUACGUCUUUGUCGGUGAGCGGUUCCGCCGGGAUCUCAUGAAAACCCUCAAGAACUUGGGCUGUAUCAGCCAGGCCCAGUGGGUUUCUUUUACCAGGAGAGAGGGAAGCCUGAAGCUGUCAUCCAUGCUGUUGGAGACGACCUCAGGAGCUCUGUCCCUCUGAGGGAGUCUCCUCCCUGGGGCGUGGAUGGUGCUUUCGAAGGAGUAGUACAGAGAAACCCAGUAGGCAAGAAAAGGACACAAGGCAAAUAAUAAACACAACUCAGAGAUGAAUCAUAACGGUAGUACUACUUGCAGUGAGCAGUGUGAAAACAGCGUUUUUGUCUUGGUAGCAGUAUUCCUGACAUUUUCAGAGGACUAAGGGACACCUGAGGGACCAUGUGUUGGCUUGGCCACUUGCCCUAGCACAGGUGCAGCUGCCUGCUGAAGGCCAUCUGUGGUUUUAGCUCUGAUGUUGUUCCUGCCACAAGGGGGAACUGCCGGAACCCGUCCAGAACAGAAGGGAAACUUCCAUCGUCAGGAACUUUCCUCCCAGGUUUGGGACCUGACACCUGUGCCUGCCAGUGCUUGAAACAGAAUCCUCCCCAACAAUCUCAGAUCUAAUUCCGCUUGGGGUUGUUGGCCUGUUUUAGGCCAAUGAGAGUCCUUGAUCCUGUCUUAAAACUCUGUGGGACUGGGCAACUGACCACACCAGCAGCUCAUCCAGAGUCUGUUGGCUUCCAACCCAUUUCUGUGUCUGACUGGUGGCUCCCUAGAUUCCAUAGCUGGUCACAGGCUUGAUCUGGACAAUGAUUCAGCUUAUCUUCAGGUGUGGAUGCAGCCCUACCAGCUUGUACGUGGAGACCCAUGGUUUGGGUUAGAGCUCUGGCUCCAUUAUGGGCUUGCUCUGUUGAGUGGCACUUAUACCUGGUCCACUCUUCUGGCUCCCAAUAGAAUGGGCUGGUUCUACUUGCUAAGGCUGAUGGAAACUUUUUGCUCCCUGCUUCUUGUUAGUGCCAACAUUUCAAAAAGCAUUAAAUCUGGAGUGAAGCUGGAAAAAAAUGUACUGUAAUUCACGUUUGCUUUGUGUUUUUAACUAUUUGGUGAAGUUUUUACAUUUGAAAACAUUUUGCAUAUUGGAAAAAUUGCUUCUUACUGUACAUUUAAAAUGCUUUUAUCCUCUUGCUGUUUUUAUAUGUGUACAAUUUAAAUCUCAAAGAGUGUUGGAGAGAAAUAAAUAAAAUGUCCAAGUACCUUAAACCCGCUGUCGUAGAUGAGUUUUUAGC